GAUAUUAUGAAGGAGUUUGCUGCAGCAGCGAAGAAUUUGGCAGAAAGCAUGGCCAAUUUUGAUGAAAAUUUUCAACAGGCUGCAAAGGUGUUACCUGAUGAUGAGACAAUGAAGAUUUUAAUGGGAAAAGUCCAUGGGCUUUUCAACACAUAUUCAUCAGAAAAGGAGAAAGAAAAAGAAAAUGAAACCGAAGUGUCACUGACUCCAGAUGAUGGAUUCUGGACUGAAGAAGUGCUCAAAGCAGUUGAAGCUAUUGAAAUGGCUCAGAAGAAAAGAGUUGAGAGGCCAACUUUUACUCAGUAUGAAAAGCCAAGCUUCAAGUUGCUUUCACAGGAGUCAAAUGAUGGGGCGAAUACAUAUGGGGAUGAUGAUGAGCAUCAUCAUGACAUAAUUGAGCAACAUGGCAAUGCAAUUGAGCAUGCAGAGGAUGGUCCAAGUGAGCAAAUGAAUAAGGAUAAUGACAAUGCUGAGGAUGUUAAUGAGGAUGAAGAGGAAUCUGAAAAGGAAGAAUGUGAAGAAGAAAGAGACAGAAGGUUCGAAAGGGUAAGCAAGUUGAACAAUAUCACAUUGAACCAAAAGAGAACAAAGUGGAAAGAGAAAAAAGAGAAACAGCCCCAGCACCUGCUGUGAAGUCCCCAUUCAUGAACAGAAGUAUAGAUGCAAGGACAACACUUGGCAGUGAGGAAAGACUACUUGCAGGUUUUGUGUUCAAUGAUCAUUGUGACAAGAAUGUUGUGGUGUUCAAGCAUUACAACUUCACUCUUUCAAAAGCUCAGAUGGAAACAAUGAAGAGCAACACAAAAGUUGAUGCUGGAAUUAUAGAUAUAUGGGCAAUGUUGCUUAAUCAUAAUGAAAAGUUCAAAAGCCCUGAAGCUAAAAGCAGAAUGAUUUUCUCAACAAGACCAUGUCAUGUGCUAGAUCAAAAUCAUCUCACCGCUCCACAAACAAGGAACAAAAGGUUUGCGGCAGAAAUUGGCAAGGAAUUUCCCUGUGCAGAUGGAAAUAAGUUGAGGUCAACAAACCUAUUCAUAUUCCCAGAUGAAUACAAUGGGUGCUACUAUAUGAUGUGCUUUGACUUGAAGAGCAUGAAGUUCUACAUCAUUGAUAGUAGCGACGGAGAUAUAGCUCCUGCAGUCAAGUACUUGUUUCAAAUGUCAUACCUGAGAAGUGGAUUUGUGAAAUUUCUUCGAGAUCAAAACACCCAAAGGCAGAUAAGGUUGUGAAGCUGAAGGAAGAAGUGGUUAAAAUGCAUUGGAGAAACAAGAAAAACAAAACCAAUGAGGGAGUUUAUUUGAUGAGGCACAUGGAGACAUUUUAUGGUGACACAGCAUGGGAGUGUGGAUUAGAUAAACAAAGUGAAAAACCAAUUGAGAUGCUGCGGAUUAAGUACUUGCAUGCAAUAGUAACAUCUGAUAAGAAUGAGAUCAAGAAGAACAUCAUGGAACAAGUGAAGAAACACAAUGUGUAUAUCUAGAAGAUUUGUAAUGCUAUUGAUGAUUGUGGGCGUUGAUGAACAUAUUGUUGUUUUUUAAUUCAUGCUAAACAAUAUUAGUAUUUGGGACAUAUGAUAUUACUAUUAAGCUUGGAUGACAGUA